CCAGCGGCCGGCAGGAGGGGGUGCAGGCUGCCCGCCGCAGAGAGGUGUAGGCGUUCCUCCUGGUGGGGUCCCCUGGGAGCGGUUGGGGGCCGGCCGAAUCGGCGCCCUGGCAGAAUGUCCCUGGCUGCUUAUUGUAUCAUCUGUUGCAGAAGACUGGGAACCUCUACGCCCUCAUCAAAAAAGCGUACAUACUGGAGAGAUAUCCGAAAUAUAAUAAAAUUUACUGGAUCACUUAUUUUAGGAGGUUCUUUAUUUCUUACAUAUGAAAUUCUGGCUCUGAAGAAGUCUUUGACAUUAGACACUCAAGUGGUAGAAACAGAAAAAAUGAAGUCAUAUAUAUAUGUGCACACAGCUUCGAACAGAAAAGAAAGCCAUGGGAUUGCCUGGCAGGCAAGAAAAGAACUUCACAAAGCAGUAAGAAAAAUAUUGGCAGCAUCAGCAAAGCUAUUACAGAGUCCAUUUGCUGACACUUUUAGCACGGUUGAUGUAGAAGAUCAUGAGUGUGGCAUGUGGCUGCUCCUGAAGGCGAGCAAGUCAGAGGACAGGACCACACGACUGGAGGCUGUGCAGGCAAUGUCAGAGGCCCACCACUGGCACGAUUACCAGUAUAGGACAGUUGCUCAGGCCUAUGACCCAAGGACUCUUGUUGGUUUGGCACGAAGUCAAAACAGUGAUCUUCGCUUUUUUCUCCCACCACCUCGUUUGCCGCCUUUAAAAGAAGAUUCUUCCACUGAAGAAGAACUCAGACAGUUGCUGGCUUCUUUACCUCAAACAGAGCUAGACGAAUGUAUCCAGUAUUUUACAUCCUUGGCUCUUAGCGAAAGCAGUCAGAGUCUGGCUGCUCAGAAGGGUGGCUUAUGGUGUUUUGGAGGAAAUGGACUUCCUUAUGCUGAAAGCUUUGGAGAAGUUCCUUCAGCUACGGUGGAAAUGUUUUGUUUAGAAGCUAUAGUAAAACAUUCUGAGAUAUCUGCACACUGUGAUAACAUCAAAGCAAAUGGAGGCUUGCAACUACUUCAGAGGCUGUACCAACUUCACAAGGACUACCCUAAAGUUCAGAGAAAUAUCAUGCGUGUUAUCGGGAACAUGGCUUUGAACGAACACCUGCAUUCAGCUAUAGUCCACUCAGGCUGGGUGACAAUAAUGGCAGAAGCAUUGAAAUCUCAGCACAUAAUGGAGGCAUCACAUGCUGCCAGAACUCUGGCUAACCUAGAUCGAGAAACUGUGCAAGAGAAAUACCAGGAUGGCGUGUACGUGCUUCAUCCCCAGCACCGAACAAGUCAGCCCAUUAAAGCCGAUGUCCUUUUUAUUCAUGGCCUUAUGGGAGCAGCAUUCAAAACAUGGCGCCAGCAGGACACUGAGCAGGUUCUGACUGAAAAGGCUUUGGAGGAUGAAGACAGGUAUACCACGUGCUGGCCCAAGACAUGGUUAGCAAGAGACUGUCCUGCUCUUCGAAUUAUAUCUGUGGAGUAUGACACCAGCCUCAGUGACUGGAGAGCAAGAUGCCCUAUGGAAAGAAAAUCCAUUGCAUUCAGAAGCAAUGAACUUCUUAGGAAGCUCAGAGCUGCUGGUGUUGGGGAUAGACCAAUAAUUUGGAUAUCGCACAGUAUGGGAGGUCUUCUUGUCAAAAAAAUGCUAUUGGAAGCCUCUAAGAAGCCAGAAAUGAGCACUGUUAUAAAGAAUACCAGAGGAAUAAUUUUUUAUAGUGUUCCUCAUCAUGGAUCACGUUUAGCUGAAUACUCUGUCAAUAUUCGUUAUCUUCUCUUUCCCUCUUUGGAAGUCAAAGAACUCAGUAAAGAUUCUCCUGCACUUAAAACCCUACAGGAUGACUUUCUGGAGUUUGCUAAAGACAAAAAGUUCCAGGUGCUGAAUUUUGUAGAGACACAGCCAACCUCAAUUGGCAGCAUGAUCAAGCUCCAUGUGGUGCCAGAGGAAUCAGCAGAUUUAGGCAUUGGAGAUCUAAUUCCUGUGGAUGUUAAUCAUUUGAACAUUUGCAAACCAAAGAAAAAGGAUGCUUUCUUGUACCAACGUACUCUGCAGUUCAUCCGUGAAAGUUUAGCCAAAGACCUUGAAAACUAACUGCUGUAGUCUUCCAUUUUUCAUAUGAAUACAUGCAAGAAAGCUGAUGUUCUCAUAGCGUUGAAGCCCCAAGUAGGCAUGCAGCAGUGUGGCCAGGAGUGGUGCGGCCAACAGAAUAUUAUGGCACUCCAGUUCUACCCUGGAAAGCAUGCGCAGUGGCAGUGACAGAAGGAAUGGCUGGGGUGGGACUCUGGCUUCCAGAAACCCCACAGUGCUGGGCCCUGAGACUGCAGCAAAGCUGCUGGGCUAGAGAGGCCCUUUUCUCACCAGGGAGCCUGGUUGAGCAACUCAGCCCACCGAAGCGUGCCAUAGAGAGUGCCUGAGGGGAGAGACUGGGUAUCCAUGUGCUGUAAAACUUUAAAACAUCAGUUUAAAUUUUUAUUUUUUAACUUUAACUCAUGCUUGCUUCGGCAGCACAUAUACUAAAAUUUAACUUUAACUCUUUGCCUAACACGUUAUCACUGGUGUUAAGUUUGUCAGACCUGUUGUCAUGUAUGGGUGAGUUCCUUUCCUGUAUUUAUUUUCAUAUUUUUGAGAACAAAUUUUGUUUUAAAUUCUAGCUUGUAGUAAUUCUUCACAGACCAUAGCUACCUGUGCUUAUCAUGUGUUCCAGAUAAGGGUAAAAUAGCUUAAUUCAUUACUGACCAGAAUAUGAAAUAAAACUGUUGUAAGCAUGUAUAUGUAUCAUAUCAACAGUUUCAGAUUUUUAGCUAAAUAUACUUUUUUGCUCAUUUGGAAGUAGUAUUAAAAAUUAUUUGAUGGACUUUUUCAAAAUGAGCAUGAGAUACAAUAUGUAUAGGUUUAAAUGCACCCUUUAAAAAUAAAUAAUUCAUUGGGUUUUUAGUAUAAUUAGAGUUGUACAACCAUCAUUAUCAUCUUUAUUUUAUUGAGAAAUAUCAAUGAGACAGUUUUGAAAACUGAUUAA